AUGGCAAAAGAGAUCAUGGCUGGUGGCGACCAUGGCGAAGGAGACGAGGUGGUGCUUGUGGGAGACGAGGAGGAGGAGGAAGACAUGCUUCCCGGGUUCCGGUUCCACCCCACUGACGAGGAGCUGGUCACCUUCUACCUCCGGCGGAAGGUGGCCGGGAAGCGCCUUAGCAUCGAGAUCAUCAAGGAUUUCGACAUCUACAAGCACGACCCAUGGGACCUUCCAAGUAAGUAG